UAAAUGUCAAUUCUCGCGACGUCACACUGUCACGCGACCGAGCUCUAGCAAAAUAUUCGCAAGACGAAAAAGAAAACUGCGUGUUUGACUUCUGCUACCUGUGAAAUAAUGCCUCACCGUUGAAAGAUGUUGCGAGCGUUUCAAGUACAUUUCGUAUUGUUGCGCAAGUGGAGCCUCAUCGUCGGGAUUUUAUUAUUAUAUAACAUAUCGCGACAUGUGUCGCAUGGGAUCGAGACGAUUAACCUCAAAAAUGAGAAUGUCACUGAUAAUAAAAUUACAGUCGCGGUGACGAACAGUCCGAAUAUUUUAAAUGUCACGACAAAUGUCAGUAUUUCGGCAAAUUUGUCUAGCACAACGCGAAUCACAAACAGUACAAACAUCGAUAAUCACAACAUUACUUCAACCUCUACUGUAAAAUCUCCUGUCACAUCUGUUAAUUCGAUUGUAUACACCAAUGUUAUCAACGAUGGGACGACUGAGAAGAUCGGUACGAUAUCGCCGAGUUCUGUCAACGAUAAGAAUGCAACGGUCAUCUCCAUAUCAUCGCAGAGUCCAGAUGCUGUCAACACAACGAACACUAGCACAACCACAGUUGCCCCAGCGGAACCGGUCCUUCCUGAUAAGGGUUCCGCUGAGGAAGAGCAUAACAGCUCGAUGUCCAUAUUCUUCGUAUUGUGUGUCUUAGCACUGGGAAUAUUAUUGAUACAUCUGAUGCUGCAGACCAAUUUCAAGUACCUUCCCGAAUCAGUAGUAAUCGUCUUCUUGGGAGCUGCAAUUGGCAUGAUUAUAAAUCUUAUGUCGCAUCAGAAUAUAGCCAACUGGAGAAAAGAGGAGGCUUUCUCGCCUACUGCGUUUUUCCUGGUUCUACUUCCGCCCAUUAUAUUCGAAUCGGGAUACAAUUUGCAUAAGGGAAAUUUCUUUCAAAACAUUGGCAGUAUUUUAGUAUUUGCCAUUUUUGGAACGGCUAUCUCUGCGUUUGUCAUCGGUGCCGGGAUAUAUUUGCUAGGUUUGGCGCAAGUAGCGUAUAAGCUCAGUUUUGUCGAGAGUUUUGCAUUUGGAUCGCUGAUAUCGGCAGUGGAUCCUGUGGCCACGGUUGCAAUUUUUCAUGCUCUUGAUGUCGAUCCAGUCUUGAAUAUGUUGGUCUUUGGAGAAUCGAUUUUGAAUGAUGCUAUUUCCAUUGUAUUGACAACUUCUGUCUUGGAGUCCAACAAUGCAGCAACGACCAGUGAAGCUAUAAUACUUGGCUUGAAUCGAUUUUGCCUCAUGUUCUUUGCAUCAGCUGGAAUUGGCGUUGUUUUUGCUUUAAUAAGUGCAUUACUAUUAAAGCAUGUAGAUCUGAGGAAGAAUCCAUCUUUAGAGUUUGGCAUAAUGUUAGUGUUCACAUAUGCUCCAUAUGUUUUAGCAGAAGGCAUACAAUUGUCAGGAAUCAUGGCAAUUCUAUUCAAUGGAAUAGUCAUGUCACACUAUACACAUUUCAACUUAUCAACUGUUACGCAAAUUACAAUGCAACAAACAAUGCGAACGCUAGCCUUUAUAGCUGAGACUUGUGUUUUUGCAUACUUGGGAUUAGCAUUGUUUAGUUUUAGACAUAGGUUUGAGCCAGCAUUAGUCGUUUGGUCCUUAAUCUUGUGUCUAAUUGGAAGAGCUGCCAACAUCUUUCCAUUGGCCUUACUCGUUAAUCGUUUCCGCGAGCAUCAAAUCACGAAGAAAAUGAUGUUUAUCAUGUGGUUUAGCGGCCUGCGUGGUGCUAUAUCAUACGCACUAUCGCUUCAUUUAGAUUUCAGUGAUGAAACGCGCCAUGUUAUUAUAACAACGACGCUUAUAAUCGUAUUGUUUACGACUUUAAUAUUCGGCGGUUCUACUAUGCCCUUGUUAAAAUUUUUAAGGGCAGAAAAGAAACAGAAGAGCAACAGCAGGAGAAAGAAGAAGGAUAAGGAAGUUUCAUUGAGUAAAACUAGAGAAUGGGGACAAACUAUAGAUUCUGAACACUUGUCGGAACUUACAGAAGAGGAAAUGGAAGUGUCUUUCUUACAAUCACGCAUUCGUGGUUUUGCAAGAUGGGAUCUGAAAUUUUUCAUUCCUUUCUUCACAAGGCGAUUUACGCAACAGGAGCUAAAAGAUUGCAAAUCACAGAUGACAGAUUUGACGAAUCAGUGGUACCAAGCUAUCAGAAUCAGUCCAAUAGAAUCGGACGAAGAGGCAACUACAGCAUCGACAGCCCAAUUAAACCUGAAUAUUAGUAAAACGGCCAAAGAGCAAUCACAUGGAAAAGAGAAGAACGGACGUCCUAGACACGGUUUGUGGAUGGAGAACUUAAAUGAACAAGUGUGGAAAAAGAAAAUGGGUAAAAGAGUUAUUGGAUAUUGUCAUUUGCACAAUUUCUAUACAAUUACACUAUAUGAGUGCAAUUCUUCUAACUUUAAUAUUCUCCUUUAUCAUUUUUGUUAUUUGUUUCUUUUUAUCUCAUUUUUAUAGGCUUCUAUAAUAAUAAUAAUAAUAAUAAUAAUAAUAAUAAUAAUAAUAAUAAUAAUAAUAAUAAUAAUAAUAAUAAUAAUAAUCAUAUAUUGUUGCUUAUUAUAGCAAACAACAAUUUGUAGUAUUGUCUGAUAUGCUUGCUUUAUUUAAAGCGGCUUGGUGAUGGUGGUGAAUAGUAAAUUGAUUUUAGAAAGAUAUUAAAAUAUUAACAGAAAUACUAUUAAUUUACAGAACUGAGGAGGAUUGGUCUGAUUAAAGUCCAACUUGUUCCCACUAAUAUUACGGAUCAUGUUUACUUACCUCUUAUCUGUAUUAGUUUUAUUUCAUAUAAUUUUUUAAUUAUGUAAUAUAUAUUUGUUGAGUAUGAAUGAGAGAAAAUAUUAUUUACACAAUCUGAUAUUUUUAUUGUACAUAUAGAGAUACAAAUAACCGAUUGCUCUUUACUUGUUAAUCUUGUUAUGUGCAAUAUCUAAAAUUAUUUUUAAUCGAAAUAAUUACGAUAUUCAGUAAAAACACAACAAAAAAAAAUCUAUUGCAGGAGUAUAUAUAAUGAUAGUCUAUUGUUCUAUAUUUACUAUUAUUUAUUUUAUGUACUAAUUAUAACCAUUGUGAUUUUAAUAAGUCAUAAGUCAUUUAAACUUGGUAAAAAUAUUAGCAAUAGUAUUUAGCAAAUUGAUUUAGAUAAUUUAUAAUAUUUGGAUUUAGAAAAUUUAUAAUAUUGUUAUUAUUCUCAUGGAAAUUGUCAAAUUAUAUAUUUAUGCUAUAAAGAAAAAUGUCUUUAUGCAUUAUUUCAUAAUAAUAUUUGAAUAAUGUAAAAUUAAUUACACGUUUGGGCUUGCCAAAUACAUUUAAAUACGAAUAGCGUUGAAAGUAAUAAAAUUAUGACGAUUGGAACGAAUAAUAUAUAAAUAUGAGUAAAUUAUAAAUUUAAAUUAAAAAAAGAUCUGUUUUCUAGUUAUUAAUUACCUGUGACGGUAUUGUUGCGAAAAAAAUAUGUAUAUUAUUUGUCGUAAACACUUGCGAGCAUAUAUGUUUCGUUAUCAAAUCAUUCGUAGGUGGAUAUAUAGUGAAUAUCUUAUCUUGCUUUUUCUCGAGGCCGAACAUUAACCCAUGGCAAGUUUCGAAGUUAGAAAUCAGCUGGCGAAAAACAAAUUUUAUUACGAACUGUACUCUAUUUUAAAAUGCAAUUACAAAUAUAUCCUGAUGAUAGAAACGGAGAAAUAUUAACAGUUAUACGUACGACGAAUUCUAUAAAGUAUUUUCACUUUUUUUUUCGUUCGAUAUCUGAAACAUAUUUGGAAAUAUGUAAGCAUAUUGUACCUUUUAUGAUGAUUAUAAUCUUAUUCAGGGAUAAUAAAGGUGAUAUAAUUUUGUGAUAUACGCAUAAUAAAAAAAAUCUGUAAUUCUUUUAA